AUGUGCAAAGUACUUGUCACAGCCAUCCUGCUGCUGCCUCUUAUCAACCAUGGAAUAUACUUGGCCACGGCAUGGGAUGAUCAAGAUUUCUUCAAAUACUGCCCACCGUCCCAGUGCAGCCAACAUGGCCCAGAGAUCAGGUAUCCUUUCUGUCUUGAAUCCAGCAAUACAUCAUCAUCAUCAUGUGGAUGUGGCCGCCAAUCAAUCAGGAGGUUCGCAUGCUCUGGUCAAGACACCAUCCUGUUUCACCCAGUUCUUGGCAAAUACAAUGUCAGUGACAUAGAUUACAAACGAUCUUCCAUGAAGCUUAUCCCGCUUGUAGACCCCUGCCUGCUGCUCCGGCAGAAGCUCAUUAUUUCCAGAGGUGUAUCAUCUCCACAAGUUGAUGAUCCGAAAGAUGAGCAGCUAGAAGAAUUUACCAGUUCUACAUAUCUAGUAUCCUGUUCAAGAGAGUUCACACCAGGUGUUGCUGAUGGAAUCGCAGGCCCAGUCUCCUGCCUUAGCAACACAACCCACUUCUUGUAUUUGGUGGAUGGUUAUGAACACAUGUCUGUUCUUCCGUUGGACUGCAAGGUCAUGCCGAUCUCAGAUGGCGGCGGCGGCCGCCGUAUACCCAUGUAUAUGUUUGACGACCCAAUGUUAGAGAUGCACUCACAGUCUUUUAAGGAAAGUGCACAAAAUAUCCUCAGCUUUGCUGAGAAGACGGUGUAUUGGGAUCACGCUUGUGCACAAUGCGAACGGACGGGACGCUGCGCAUUCAGGUUUCAAGAGGGACCAGCGUUCUGCAUGCAUGACCCUCACGGUUCACAUAUCAAAGUCAUCGCAGCUACAUCCUCCGUGGCCGCAUUUUUUGUUGUUUUGUUGGCUGUGGCCACUGCGCUUUAUCUUUCACUCAGGACAAGAUAUAAUGAGGAGAUACAUUUGAAGGUCGAAAUGUUUCUCAAAACAUAUGGCACAUCGAAACCCACGAGGUACACAUUCUCUGAAGUUAAGAAGAUAGCAAGACGGUUUAAGGAAAAAGUAGGGCAGGGAGGAUAUGGAAGUGUAUAUAAAGGUGAGCUGCCAAAUAGAGUGCCUGUGGCUGUCAAGAUGCUAGAGAACGCAACAGGAGAGGGAGAAGUAUUCAUCAAUGAAGUUGCCACCAUUGGACUAAUCCACCAUGCCAAUAUUGUCCGCCUCCUAGGGUUUUGUUCCGAAGGAUUGAGAAGGGCUCUUAUUUAUGAAUUCGUGCCUAACGAGUCGCUAGAGAAAUACAUAUUCUCUCAUGACCCAAAUAUUUUUCAGAAUGUUCUAGUACCGGAUAAACUGCUAGAUAUUGCUCUGGGCAUCGCUCGAGGAAUGGAGUACUUACAUCAAGGGUGCAACCAGCGAAUCCUCCACUUUGACAUCAAGCCACACAAUAUCUUGCUGGACUACAACUUAAACCCAAAGAUCUCGGACUUUGGGCUUGCAAAGUUGUGUGCACGGGACCAAAGCAUCGUCACCCUAACUGCAGCAAGAGGCACUAUGGGCUACAUUGCACCAGAGCUAUACUCUCGGAACUUUGGGGGGAUAUCCUACAAGUCGGACGUGUACAGUUUUGGCAUGCUGGUGUUAGAAAUGGUCAAUGGUAGGAGGAAUUCAGACCCAAGUACUGGGAGCGUGAACGAUGUUUACCUCCCAGAGUGGAUCUAUGAGAAAGUAAUCAAUGAUCAGGAGUUGGCACUCACUCUGGACACAACUCAGGAAGAGAAAGAAAAGGUGAAGCAGCUGGCUAUUGUGGCACUAUGGUGCAUCCAGUGGAACCCGAGAAACAGGCCGUCCAUGACGAAGGUCGUUAACAUGCUAACAGGGAGGUUGCAGAAUCUGCAGAUGCCACCAAGGCCUUUCGUCACAUCUGAAAAUCAGCCCGUGCCUUAAACUAAAACAUGGAGCACACAGUACCAUGAUUCAGUCAGCAUUCAAGGGUUGAAUUGUUCUACAUGUGCGUCGCAGAUCUAUGCAUAGCAAGCAAUCUAUUUCGGUAUUACCAGUCCAUUAGCUCUGGACAUGUACGGAUAAUCAUGAGUCACCACCAUGUAAUAACACUACAAAUUACCCACAAAUUAACAAUAAUCGUAUGAAAUAUUUUAUUUGGAAGAUAUACAUGAAUCGCAAUUGGACUUGACUUGUGUUUGAACAGCUACUUCCGAAUUUAUAUCCAAAAGUUGGUGAACACAGUUAUGUGCAAUACGAUAAUUUGAUGAUUA